AUGACAGCCUCCCCCACUAUCCUGAUUCGCCAAGCCGAGUCGCCCGAGGACCUUGCCGCCGUCAUCAGAUGCUUCCAGGCCUACACGGAAUGGCUCGACGAAGACCUUUCGCAUCAAAACUAUGCCUCGGAGCUGGCUGGCCUGCCGGGAAAAUACGCACCGCCUACAGGAUCUCUUCUACUAGCUGUCGACUCCGAGUCCGGGGCCGCUCUGGGCUGCGUCGCUUUGCGCCCGCUAGAGCUUCCCGCAACCCACGAGAAAGCCAAACCGGGGCAUCGAUGCAGUGAGAUGAAGAGGUUGUUUGUGAAUCCCGAAGCUCGUGGGAGGCAAGUUGCGCGCAAGUUGCUUCUCGAGCUGCUGCGACGGGCAAGGGACCAGGGAUACAAGGAAAUAUUUCUGGAUACCCUGGACAGGAUGGAAGCAGCUAUUAAACUGUACAAGUCGGAGGGGUUUCUCGUGGCAGAGGCAUAUAACAACAGUCCGUAUGAAGGAACUGUGUAUUUAUCAAGAGAAUUAGAGUAA